CGUUAUCGAUAGCUGCUUUGACAGGUCUCCACAUCGUAGAGCUGUCAACGUGCCAAAAGUCUCCACCUUCUUUUCGGUGUCAAAAACUAGACUAUCAAGAUGGGUCGUAUGCACGCUCCUGGCAAGGGUAUUUCCCAAUCAGCCCUCCCCUACAGACGCACUGUCCCAUCCUGGCUGAAACUGAACGCAGAUGAUGUCAAGGAGCAGAUUAAGAAGCUGGGCAAGAAGGGUCUGACUCCCUCCAAAAUCGGCAUCAUCCUGCGUGACUCGCACGGAGUUGCCCAGGUGCGUUUCGUCAACGGAAACAAGAUCCUGCGCAUCAUGAAGUCGGUGGGUCUGAAGCCCGACAUUCCCGAGGAUCUGUACCACAUGAUCAAGAAGGCCGUCGCCAUCCGCAAGCACUUGGAGCGCAACCGCAAGGACAAGGACGGCAAGUUCCGUCUGAUUCUGGUCGAGUCCAGGAUCCACCGCCUGGCCCGCUACUACAAGACCAAGAGCGUCCUGCCCCCCAACUGGAAAUACGAGUCGAGCACUGCCUCCGCCCUGGUUGCCUAAGUUCUUGAUUCGCUAGUUGGUAGUUUGUUUUCAAGUCUUGCGGGGUCCUACAUUUCCAUCAAUGUACAACCAAUAAACCCAACAAAUAAAACUGGAAAUCGGAACUAUUUUAUAGACUAAACAAAUUAUGUGUGGUUUAUUUACUUCAAUAAUUUCCAGUAAUCUGCUUCAAUGAUUUCCAAACUCAAACUUGAUACUAUUUACCUGUGGCUAGCUUUAAUUCAAAUUCAGCGGCAUCUCCAAUAAUGGAACUUUGUGAAACAGCUUAAAGGAUGUGGACUAAAACCCAAAAUGCUUUUAAAUACAUAUGUGCAGCCCAGUCUGGGUGUUUCAUACCGGAAUAC